UAUACCUGUUCAAAUCUCUUAUCAACUCGGGCCUCACUUUUUGUUGCAUUAUGGGAACUGUAGUGAGGUUUUAAGUGCCUUUUUCCACGCAUGUUUAUGUGGUAGUGUUUUACUCUGUAACGCUGCUGUUUCUCUAGAGAUCUUGGAUGACAGACGUUUGACUCAGUGUGAUGAUGUGAUCAGAGAAAGAUGGGCUCCUUGCUGUCAGCGUGUGGAAUAAACAUUAAGAAAAAGAAAACAGAGGAGGAGAGGCAUUUGCGAGCAAAUGACAGGGAAUUCAAUCUGUCAUGUCAAUAUGCGAACAAUGCCAUCAAGACUUCAAAGUACAACAUCUUCACCUUCCUCCCUCUCAAUCUGUUCGAGCAGUUUCAGAGGCUGGCCAACGCUUACUUCGUCUUUCUCCUCAUCUUGCAGCUGAUUCCGCAGAUCUCGUCCCUGUCCUGGUUCACUACUGUAGUCCCUCUGCUGCUGGUGCUGUCUAUUACUCUAGCCAAAGAUCUCUCUGAUGACAUUACCAGACACAAGAAUGACAAGCAGGUGAACAAUAGAAAAGUCGAAGUGCUCAUUGACAGAGAGCUGAAGAGUGAGAAGUGGAUGAAUGUUCAAGUGGGUGAUAUCAUCAAACUGGAAAACAACGAGUUUGUCACAGCUGAUCUGUUGCUGCUCUCCAGCAGUGAACCUUUGAAUCUCGUCUACAUUGAGACAGCAGAGCUGGAUGGGGAGACUAACCUGAAGGUGAAACAGGCGCUGACUCUUACAGGAAAGCUAGGCAAUGACAUCCAGAAACUAGCAGCAUUCAAUGGUGAAGUGCGUUGUGAGCCUCCAAACAACCGUCUGGAUAAGUUCACAGGAACUCUGACGAUGGGAGGAGAGACGUUUGCUCUAGAUAAUGAGAGAAUUCUGCUCAGAGGAUGUACACUCAGAAACACAGAGUGGUGCUUUGGACUCGUGGUGUUUGGAGGUCCUGACACAAAGCUAAUGCAGAACUCUGGCAAGUCCAUCUUCAAGAGAACCAGCAUUGAUCGGCUCAUGAAUGGCCUGGUGCUGUUUAUUUUUGGUUUCCUGGCCUUCAUGUGCACCAUUUUGUCCAUUGGGAAUGGGAUUUGGGAAUACCAGGAGGGGAACUCUUUCAUUGUCUUUCUUCCCAGAGCUGAUGGAGCAAAUGCAGCCUUGUCAGCAUUUCUCACCUUCUGGUCCUAUGUUAUUAUUCUCAACACUGUUGUGCCUAUCUCUCUCUAUGUCAGUGUGGAGAUCCUUCGUCUGGGAAACAGCUAUUUCAUUGACUGGGACCGUAAAAUGUAUCAUGUGAAGAGCAACACACCAGCCCAGGCCAGAACAACCACUCUCAAUGAGGAGCUGGGUCAGAUCAAAUAUAUCUUCUCUGAUAAGACGGGAACUUUGACCCAGAACAUCAUGACCUUCAACAGGUGCUCCAUCAAUGGAAAGUCAUAUGGUGAGGUUGUGGACUUUGCUGGGCAGAGGAUAGAAAUCACUGAGAAGACAGAAAAGGUAGACUUCUCUUGGAACCAACUGGCCGACCCAAAGUUCUCUUUCCAUGACCAUAAGCUGGUGGAGACAGUGAAGAUGGGCUCUCCAGAGGUGCAAUCAUUCUUCCGUCUGCUAGCGCUCUGUCACACUGUUAUGCCAGAAGAGAAAACUGAGGGAGAGCUAUUUUACCAGGCUCAGUCUCCAGACGAGGGAGCACUGGUUACCGCAGCCAGGAAUUUUGGGUUUGUAUUCCGAGCCCGUACCCCAGAGACUAUCUCUGUGGUGGAAAUGGGUGUCCCCAAAACCUAUGAGUUACUCGCAGUGCUGGACUUCAACAAUGUCCGCAAGAGAAUGUCUGUUAUUGUUCGGAAUCCAGAGGGCAGGUUGAUUCUCUAUUGUAAGGGAGCUGAUACAAUUAUCUUUGAAAGACUGCAUCCGUCUUGCUCCAAACUCAUGGAGGUCACCACAGAACAUCUGAAUGAAUAUGCUGGUGAGGGUUUGCGGACACUGGCUCUGGCUUAUAAAGACUUAGAUGAAGACAUGUUUAAGGAGUGGAGAUUGCGCCACCAUGAGGCCAGCACUGCACUGGAGGACCGUGAGGAAAAAUUGGAUGCCAUUUAUGAAGAGAUCGAGAAAGACCUGCUGCUCCUUGGUGCUUCUGCAGUGGAGGAUAAACUUCAAGAUGGAGUGCCUCAGACCAUUGAGCAACUCGCUAAAGCUGACAUAAAAAUAUGGGUGUUGACUGGAGACAAACAGGAGACUGCUGAGAACAUUGGUUAUGCCUGCAAUAUGCUCCGAGAGGAGAUGAAAGAGAUCUUCAUAGUGGCCUCUAAUACAGCAGAGGAAGUACGAGAGGAGCUUGUGAAUGCCAGGAGAAAGAUGUCACCAGGAUCAGGAGACGAGCCGCCCAUUGUGAAGAGCGGACUUUUCGGUAAAAAAUCUCAAGUGGUAGAGGAUGAGGAGGUCGAUGGAGAUUAUGGACUGGUCAUUAACGGCCACAGUUUGGCGUUUGCUCUGCAGAAGGACAUGCAGUUGGAGCUCUUGAGGACGGCAUGUAUGUGCCAGACAGUCAUCUGUUGCAGGGUCACUCCUCUUCAGAAAGCACAAGUGGUGGAAGUCGUCAAGAAGCACAAGAAAGCUGUGACAUUGGCCAUUGGAGAUGGAGCCAAUGACGUCAGCAUGAUCAAGACUGCCCAUAUCGGUGUUGGCAUUAGUGGGCAGGAGGGAAUGCAGGCGGUUCUCUCCAGUGACUUCUCCUUCGCCCAGUUCCGCUACCUCCAGCGCCUCCUGCUAGUCCACGGCCGCUGGUCCUAUCUGCGCAUGUGUAAUUUCCUCCGCUACUUCUUCUACAAGAACUUCACCUUCACCUUCGUCCACUUCUGGUAUGGUUUCUUCUGUGGCUUUUCAGCUCAGACUGUGUAUGAUGAGUGGUUCAUAACACUCUACAACCUGAUGUAUACAGCUUUACCUGUUCUUGGCCUAAGUCUCUUUGAUCAAGACGUCAAUGACCGCUGGAGUUUCCAGUACCCUCAACUCUACGCUCCGGGUCAGCUGAACCAGUAUUUCAGUAAAAUGGCCUUUGCGAGAAUCCUGCUCCACAGCUGCUACAGUUCACUCAUCCUCUUCUUCAUUCCUUGGGCAGCCAUGUGUGACACCGUCAGAGAUGACGGCAAAGAGAUUGCAGAUUAUCAGUCCUUUGCCCUGCUGGCACAGACCUGCCUGCUCAUUGCCGUUAGUGUGCAGCUGGGUUUGGACACAAACUAUUGGACGGCAGUGAAUCAAUUCUUUCUGUGGGGGAGUCUGUCUGUGUAUUUUGCAGUUACCUUCACCCUGUACAGCAAUGGCAUGUACCUCAUUUUCCCCUCCUUUUUCCCUUUCAUUGGCGCUGCGAGAAACUCGCUAAACCAGCCGAACGUGUGGCUGACCAUAUUCCUGACCACUAUAUUGUGUUCAUUGCCGGUGGUGGCAAAACGGUUCUUCUUCAUUCAAGUCAAGCCCACUAUUAACGACAAGGUACGGCAUAAGGUCAGACAAGCCAAAUCUGUUCCUCCACCUCCUCCUACCCGAUUAUCACGGCGACGAGUCAGCACACGUCGAUCUGGUUAUGCCUUUUCUCACGCUCGUGGUUAUGGAGACCUGGUCACCUCAGGACGCUUCCUGCGUAUACCAAUUAAGACCAGAUCCUCUCUCUUCCCCCACACUGAGACACCGGUGGCUGACAGCACACCCCAGACGUAUCGAAUCAUCUUUGAGGAGCCCCAGAGAUGACUUGCCAACAAGCUUUAAUUCACUUUUGGCAUUGGUGAAACAUCAACUACACUAUAUGCUAGUGUACUCUUAAAUAUUUACAAAAGUACCUUUUAUCAGAUAUACACAUUUAAAAUGUACAGUCUUUCUCUUCCGGGAUAAUGGACCAAAAAUAGUGAUACUAAAAAUUGUCUUGAUGCACUAAACAGAUUUUUGUCCAAUCAAAUGCUGUCGAAAUGAGAAUGUUUUUCCCCCCAGGAUGUACCAGCAAGAAGCAUAUCAUGGUUAAUAUUUGUGAUGAUAUGAAAGCCUAUUUGCUUUUAAAAAAAAAUUACAAAUUAUGAAUCAUUUAAUAUGUCCAGCCCAAACUUCCUUUUUCAAUGGGCAAUAUGUCAAAAAGGACAGAAUUCUGCGCCCAUCAAGCCAUUUCAUGGGGUUUUUAAGAACCAGGGUUAACAACAGGUUAAAUAGUGUUUCAUCAUGGGGUAUUUCAAGUAAUAUUUAAUUAAAGUACUCUGAAAUAUUCACUUUGAAAAAUAUUUCACAUAAGAGUUAUGUGAGGCUGUAGAGUGAAGAGGCUGUGAUUAUUUGAAACAAUGAGAAUGUUUUUAUGUGAUUAGGAGCUGAAAAUGAUGUCACUUGAGAGGUUUUUGUAAUAUAGUAUUAAAAACUCACAUGUACACAUUUACAAAUACACAACAAUAAUAACAAACCAUCCAUGCGGUUGUAGUAAGACCAGAGGACAUAAUGAAUUUUAAAGAUUUAAUUGUUUGCAAAACAUAAUGUUUGUCCGUAAACACACAGUGCCAACAAGAAGUUGAUGCGAGAUUAAUGAGAUCUUCACAAACAGAUUUCAUGUUCCUUUAAUUUGUUUGAGACACAAUUUUUGUGAAUCUUUUUUGUUUGUUUGUUUAUGAGUUUUGUUUUUAUGAACAAUGGAAAUGAUCAUCAAAGCUGAUGUGCUGUGAUUCAACAUUAUUUUAUUUUGUCAUGUUUUGUACAAAGAUGCAAAUGUGCCUUGAUUAAUGAUAAAUCUGAUCAAUUAAUUUUGAGAAAACCUUUUUGGAUUUUUAUUGCAUUCAUACAAUUCUUUUACUAAAUGCCAGAUAAAAUGUAUCUACAUAAUAUUUGUAAUAAUAAAUGUAUUGAGCUCAAGGCAUUUGUGGGAUGAGCCAUUCUAAUAG